AUGGGCAUAGAGGAAGACACUGAUGGAGACAGCCUGAAUCCCAGAAAAAUGAUUGUGCUGUAACUGCUUUCUCAAAUUAAUUUAGCGGUACCUUGGAAGUUGUGGGUUUUGGCUCAAUCAUUUUGUUUAUGGUCAUGCUGCAACUUAUUUGAAUUUAGGAAUGCUUACAUUUAUUCACAUUUUUUACAUUUUAGUCAUUUAGCAGACGCUCUUAUCCAGAGCGACUUACAGUUAGUGAGUGCAUACAUUUUUCAUAUUCACUGUAGGCUAAAGGUCUAUACAUUUUUCUAAUAUACCUCACGUGAUAAACGAUGUGGCACAGACGGGGGUCAUCACACACUACACUACAAGAUUCUUCAAAACAAAAUUUGAUUUGACUUAUGUCUCUUCAGACAAAGACUCCAGCGAAGAGGAAACAGAGAAGGAUGAAGAAAGGAGUAGGAGGAGGUUGAGGUGUUACCAAGGUGAUAGGGAUAGCCCAGAUGAUGAGCCUAGUGAGCUGGUGAGUGUGAUUGUGUGUUUUUAAAGCUCUUCCACUGACUAUCAGCUAUUAAUGUGUGUGUGUGUUUGUCUGUCCCCUUCAUAUAGGGAGCUGCCAUUACUGCAACCCCCGAACCACUUCCCUGCCUGGUCUCUCUUCACUGCUCUCCACAGCAUCUCCUUGACAGGUAAUGCCGGCGUACACUACAUUACUUUUAAAAUAUUUCCUGUAAUUUUUUGUCUUGCCAACAUAGUGGUGCGCACACUAAACGAUGUGGCAGAGACGGGAGGUCACACACUAUACAAUUCUUCACUUGGUCGUGAGGAUUCUCAAUACCACGCUGUCUCGCGAAAAGCCGCCUCAUAAACGUUUUCAGUCAGACAUUCACGCUUGCCAUACAGAGUUGAAAUAUCUAGCAAAUACAUUUUGAAUUGGAUGACAUUGCUUGUCAACUUCAGAGCUGUAAUGAUUUGAUGCUUUGGUUAACCUCUUAAGGAUCUGACCCUUUUUUUCAAUUUUCACCUAAAAUGACAUACCCAAAUCUAACUGCCUUUAGCUCAGGACCUGAAGCAAGGAUAUGCAUAUUCUUGAUACCAUUUGAAAGGAAACUCUUUGAAGUUUGUGGAAAUGUGAAAUUAAUGUAGGAGAAUAUAACACAUUAGAUCUGGUAAAAGAUAAUACAAACAAAAAAAACAUGUGUUUUCUAUUGUUUAUUUUUUACAUCUUUGAAAUGCAAGAGAAAGGCCACAAUAUAAUAUUGCAGUUUAGGCGCAAUUUAGAUGUUGGCCUCUAGAUGGCAGCAGUGUGUGCAUAGUUUCAGAUUGAUCCAGUGAAGCAUUGCAAUACUGGACUAUUUUGUAUCAAGUCUGGCCAAAUGUGCCGAAUUGGUCAAUUGAUACAUUUUCAAGUACAUACCUAUAGAGAACAUACAAAAAUUAUAUGGUAAUACAAAAUGUAAGUUUACACACUCCCAGGAAUGUCACACAUGAUGGAUCAUUAUCUUAUACACUAACUUUCACACAUCUAGAUGGCGGGGUGGGUGUGGAGCCAGAGACAGCAGGGGUUCAAACUGUAGAACCCAGUUCCUACAUUUGAAUAUAAAAUUUGAAUUUAUCAAACAAAAAUAUGCUACAUUUUAUCUCUGGGGCCCUCAGGAUGACAAAUCUGAGCAAGAUUACUGAAUGUAAGUACAUUAUUUACUUUCAGAGGUGAAUGUAUAAAACCAGUUGUCGUGCCAAGUUUUUUUGUUGUUGUGCACUCUCCUCAAACAAUAGCAUGGUAUUUUUUCACUGUAAUAGCUACUGUAAAUUGGACAGUGCAGUUAGAUUAACAAGAAUUUAAGCUUUCUGUCCAUAUAAGACAUGUCUAUGUCCUGGAAAGUUUGCUGUUACUUACAACAGUCAUGCUAAUCACAUUAGCGCACGUUAGCUCAACCGUCCCAUAUACGGGACACCGAUCCCGUAGAGGUUAAAGGCAAGUACAAAUGCAUGCUAGUAGUAGUCAUCGCUCUUGUUUAAGAGUACACAUUCUGGCUGAUGCGAAACGUCAUCAUCACUGCUAGGAUCUCAUUGGCUAUUGCUGAUCACCGUGGUCAAAACUUGUCGUUAAACAUCUCACACUACAAGAGCAUUGCAUAUUUAGUGACGAUAAAAUCCAACAUUUUUGAAAAUAUCGGGAUGUCUCAAAGACUGGAUCGGUAGCUCUCAGAUUUCUUCUCUGACCCGCUCACAUUAAACGAGCAUCGGUGACAACCGCACGCCCCGAGUAGGCAACCACAUGGGGAUUUUGUCUCCGAUCUCAAACUUUUCCUGGACAGCUAAAUUGGGGCCAAAAUCAUAUGCCCGGCUUAAGAGAGGAUGUCAGAGUGAAAAGUAAGCUGAAAUGUAGACACCCAAUAUAAUAAAUGACAUAACAGGGAAUUUAGAUGUGCCAGUUCCACUAUGCGUGGUUUCAUGAGUGUUCUAUUUGUAUUCCAGUUCUGACCUUGAGGUGGAGUUGACAGCUGAGGUGAGAGUGGAGGGCUCGUCACUGCUCAGUAUCCUGUCCACUGUCACCCCUGGUAUAGGCAGCAGGAAGACGGGUAAAUACCUUGUACCAACUCCAAUACACACAUACAAUACUCUACUUCCCCCAAACACACACACAUACACAUAGACUUGACAGAUUGUAGACCCCCAGGUGGACGAUAAAGGCCUAACAUUUCUUGUCUCAUCUUUCAGGGUUGCUCUUUGAUCCCCAGCCCUCAGCAUCCCUCCUCCACCCACAACCCCAGGCUACAGGGAGUACUGGACUACAGCUUGCCCCAGGGCCAGCUCCCAUCCUGGGCCAUGGAUUUAACUCGAACCCCAGGCCUUAAAGGGAUGCCUGCUGUCCCUCCUCCUCACAGGAUCACAGAGACUGCCAAGAGCCCCCUGCCCUCCUCCACCUCUCCCUCCUCCCCUUCCUCCUCUCCCGCCUCCCCACCUUCCUCUUCAUCCUCCUCUCCUGGCACCGUGGCCACCAGCUACCACAACGACGUCCAGGAGGGAAGGGCCAACAGCGUGACGAUGGGUGACGUGGUGUCCUCCACUUCCGCCUCUCUGGCUCCCCCCUCCUCCCACUCUGACCCCCCUUUCUCCUCCUCUGAUCCCUUGUUAUGCCUCUCCUCCUCACCCCAAAGGGGAACCGACGGACAAAAAGAAUGCGAGACGGAGAUCUACGACCCGUUUCACCCCACGGAAGGAGAGAGGGAGGGAGGAGCGGCCGAGGAGGUAGAAGGGGAAAAGUACGACCCCUUUGAUCCGACCGGCUCUCCCCCCUCAGCGAGAGAGGAGGAGGAACGAGAGACGGGGGGAGUGAGCGAGAGAGGGAACAGCGUGAGCAGCAAGGGGAAGAGAAGGAAGGCAGAGACGGGGAGGACAGGAGGAGAGGAGAAAGACAAUGCUCCUCCAGACUCCACGGACGCUCGCUCUGUUCCCCCGCUCUCCCCGCGCUCCCUCCCUCUCCCCCUCCGGAGGAGGCUGGACCGAACCAAAGAGCCCCGGGUGAAAGUACGGGACAGGAGAGAGAAGGCAGACCACUCUGACCACUCUGAGAUUGAGGAGGGUGAGAUCGUGGGGGCCACCGAGAGGGAUGGAGGGAAGAGGGAGGAGAGAGGCCGGGAAGGAGUCCUUCCUCUCGUCCUCCCCAUCUCCUCCGGCAGUCCUUUCCUCCACGGGGGAGCCAAGCCGGAGAGGAUCCUGAGGGUGCUGGACGGGGACAGCUUUGUGUCGGUGCGGGCUGAGGGGGACUGGGCGGGGCCGGUGAUGCCUGGCAGGGAGGAUGGGGAGCCCAUGGAGGAGGAGGAGGAAGAGGAAGAGGAGGAGGUGGUGGUGGUCGGGGUGGGCGAUCUGAGGAGGAAGCUGGUCAGCCGGCGUAAUGCGAGAUACCGCUCCUCCUGCCGCUCUUCCCUCUCGCCUCAGCACCUCCCACCGUCUCCUCACACCCUCCCUCUGCCCUCCUCCCCCCCCUCCCCGCUCACCGCCGAGAAGGACAAGAGCCGCAAGUCCUCCAAGAGCUCCAAGGAGAGGGAGCGGCGCAAGCGGAAGGAGGGCAAGGUAGGGGAGGAGGAGGAGAGGAGGAGGAGAAGGAAAAGGAAAGAGAAGGAUGGUGGUGGAGAGAAGAGUGGGGAGAGGAAGGAGAGACACAGGGAAGGAGAGGGGGCGGCGGAGUGAGAAAGAGAAGAAAACAAAGGUGGAGGAGGAGAGGGGGAGGAGCAGCAGAAGCGACAGCAGGAAGAGGAAGAAGAGACGACGGAGCACUCCGGAAUCUUCAGCACGCCCCCGCUCACAAAACUCCUCAGUGCAGCAGACGCACGGGGGCCGCUCCUGGUCAAACACUUCAGAGGACCGACACAGAGAGAGAGACGGGGACAGAGAGAGAGAGAGAGAGAAGAACAGAGACCGGUACAGAGAUGGGGAACGAGACGGAGAUCGAGACAAGGACAGAAAGAAAGACGACACCCGGAGAAGGGAGAGGGAUGGAGACUCCAGCCGGAUAAAGAGGGAAAGAGAGCGAGACGGCGGCCGCGAAUCGACUAGCCGAGAAAGAGGACACUCCAAGAGGUCCAAAGGAAGCAUAGAACAAAGGCACCGGGACAGAGAAAGGGACCGGGAAAGGGACCGGGACAGAGAAAGGGACCAGGACAGAGAAAGGGACCGGGACAGAGAAAGGGACCGGGACAGAGAAAGUGACAGGGACAGAGAAAGUGACAGAGAAAGUGACAGGGACAGAGAAAGGCACCGGGACAGAGAAAGGGACCGGGAGAGAGAAAGGGAAAGGGACCGGGAGAGAGAAAGGGACCGGGAGAGAGAAAGGGACAGGGAGAGACGUCGAGACGGUCGACCCGUGGUGCCGCCGUCCAUCCAGGAUCUCAACGGCUCUGACCUGUUCGCCAUCAAGCGCACCAUCACGGUCACCACGACCACCACCACCACUCUCCCCGGUUCCCCCCCGCUGGCUCCAUCCUCCCCCCGCAGCCCCUCCCAGGGCUCCGACAAGCCCCACAAGAGGAAGAAGAAGAGGCGUCGGCGCUCGGACGAAGGGUUGGAAGACAGCAUGGGCCGGCGUGGGAGCCGCUCCCUUUCGCCGCCGUCACAUUACCAUGGCUACGACUCGGACCACUUCUCAGACAAACUGGAGAUAGACAUACACUCUCUGGACGGAGAGGCCCUGGACUCAGACUACCCCUCUAUAGAAGACUCCCCACCCCCUCCCCAGCCUCUGGAACCCGCUGCCCCCAGCCCCAGCGCCAAACCCAAGACCGCCACCAAAUCUGGACGCCACCACUUCAAGAAGAAAUCCCGAACGGGCAAGAAAGCUGGUCAGUCCGAGUCGUCCUCUUCCUCCUCAGUUCGACCCAAAGGCAAGGGGCUCUCCACCUCCUCACUCUCCCCGACACAGGCCACCUCCGGCCCGGCCUCCGCCCCAGCCACCCUCCCCUCCUUGGGCAAACGAGGGCGGAAGAUAGGGAAGGAGAAAGAGCGUGGGGAAAAAGGAGGAAAGAAAGAGUCUGGUCGGUCUGGCAGGUCCAAGAAAUUGAGCGGUGGUGGUGGGAGGAAAGCCAAGUUGCAGUCCAAAGUGUCAGUGCUGGUGCGUGAGGGCGUGAGCAGCACCACGGGGGGCCCGGUGGGCUCGGGGAAGCUGGGCAUGGAGCUCCUCGGGGCGGGCGGGCCAGUAGGGGGCUCUGGGGGGCCGGUGGUGGGGGGCUCCAUUGCAGUGGUCUUUAGGAGAGACAAUGAGAGCAGGUCUCCGUUCCUCAAGCCCUGCUCUGAGCCUCUAUUGCUGAGUGGACGCAACAAGGACCUGGGGAAGGUGGGCAAACGCAGUUCCCUGGCCGCUCCCCCUUCCUCCUCGCUGGCCAAUCCCACGGUGGCAACGCUGAAGUCCAAGAAGGCCAAGCCCAGCUCCACCACCUCCACUUCCUCCUCUGCGUCUUCGCCCUCAUUGGCCCUGGCAACCAAGCGUAGGCGGCGGCUGGCGAAGAAGACGCGGGCAGAGAAAGGCUUAGCCGGUGGUUUGACGGACGUGGAUGGCGCCUUGGCCAACUGUAGCUCUGAGGGCGGCGGCUGGGGUGGGACUUCCUCCGACAUCCAAUCAGGAGUCGGGGCUAAACCCUCCAGUCCGCGCUCCGGUCCAGCCGGUCCAAUCCCUUCCUCGUCCUCUUCUUCAUCAUCGUCCUCUUCCACCAGUGUCCUCCCCCCGUCCUCCUCACCCCCCCACACUUCUCCGCCCUCCCUCCCUGCCUCGCGUGAUGCUCGGGAGUCCUCUCCCGACUCUCAGACGGUGGACAGCAGCUGUAAGACCCCCGAGCCCUCCUUCCUACCUGAGGACUGCCCCGCUCAGACCCAGAGCACCCCCAACCUGCCCCCCUCCAGUCCCCCGGCCCUACCCUCCUCCCAGGGGGCAGGCCUCUCACAGUACGGCCCCUCCAACAUGAAGCCCCUCCCUCUGGACGAAGGCCCCAAAUCCCUGGCCUCACCCCCUUGCUCCUCCUCAUCUGGCUCUGCCCCCGCCUCUCUCUCCCUUCCUCCUUCCUCCACAGACCCCUCCUCCUCUUCAUCCUCUUCUGUUUCUUCCUCCUCGGCCAACAAGCUGCCACCGCCUCCUCCUCCCCCUCCUCCUGCUGCCCCUACCCUCCCCUGGAGUCUGCAGACAGGAGUGGACUGCACGGCCGGAGGAGUUUUAGCAUGCAAGUCUCUAUCAAUAUUAUUCAUUAUCACAAUGUCAACAAGUGGAGUUUUGGUGGAGGGGCAUUACAUUUUUGUGUAUUCCUGUUGCUACUAUGAAGUAUAUAAUAUGUAUAAGGUUUAACUGACCCCCUGCUCUCUGUAUUUCAGUGACAGCUCUGCUGUUUAAGAUGGAAGAGGCCAAUAUCGCAAGUAGAGCCAAAGCCCAAGAGUUCAUCCAUGCUACAAGUCAGGUGUGUGUGUCUUUGAGUAAUUAUAUUCCGUUAUGUGUGUGUGUGUGUGUGUAUGUAUGUUUACCAGUACAGUACCAGUUAAAAGUUUGGACACACCUACUCAUUCAAGGGUUUUCCUUUAUUUUUACUAUUUUCUACAUUGUAGAAUAAUAGUGAAGACAUCAAAACUAUGAAAUAACAAAUAUGGAAUCAUGUAGUAACCAAAAAAGUGUUAAACAAAUCAAAAUAUAUUUAAAUUUGAGAUUCAGCAAUUUUUGGUUCUACAUGAUUCCAUAUGUGUCAUUUCAUAGUUUUGAUGUCUUCACUAUUAUUCUACAAUGUAGAAAAUAGUAAAAAUAAAGGAAAACCCUUGAAUGAGUAGGUGUGUCCUAACUUUUGACUGGUACUGUGUAUAUACUAGGCUGUGUCAGAGGAAGGCCCCACAAAAAUUGUCAGACUCCAGUCACCCAAGUCAUAGACGGUUCACUCUGCUACUGCACGGCAAACGGUACUGGAGCGCCAAGUCUAGGUCCAAAAGGCUCCUUAACAGCUUCUACCCCCAAGCCAUAAGACUGCUGAACAAUUAAUUAAGUGGCCACCCGGACUAUUUACAUUGACACCCACCUCUUUGUUUUUACACUGCUGCUACUCGCUGUUUAUUAUCUAUGCAUAGUCACUUUACCCCGACCUACAUGUACAAAUUACCUCGACUAACCUGUACCCACGCACAUUGACACGGUACCGGUACCCCCUGUAUAUAGCCUCGUUAUUUUAUUGUGUUACUUUUUAUUUUAUUUUUUACUUUAGUUUAUUUAGUAAAUAUUUUCUCAACUCUAUGUCUUGAACUGCAUUGUUGGUUAAGGGCUUGUAAGUAAGCAUUUCACGGUAAGGUCUACACCUGUUGUAUUCGGCACGUGACAAAUAACAUUUGAUUUGAUUUUCAAGCAGAUUUAAGUCAAAACUGUAACUAAGCCACUCAGGAACAUUCAAUGUUGUCUUGGUACGCAACUCCAGUGUAUAUUUGGCCUGGUGUUUUAGAUUAUUGUCCUGCUGAAAGGUGAAUUUGUCUCCUAGUGUCUUUUGGAAUGCGGACUGAAUCAGGUUAUCUUCUAGGAUUUUGCCUGUGCUUAGCUCUAUUCAGUUUCUUUUUAUACAAAAAAAAACUCCCUGGUCCUUGCUGAUGACCAGCAUACCCAUAACAUGAUGCAGCCACCACCAUGCUUGAAAAUAUGAUGAGUGAUACUCAGUGAUGUUGUAUUUGCCCCAAACAUAACACUUUGUAUUCAGGACAAAGUGACUUUAGUGCCUUGUUACAAACAGAAUGCAUGUUUUGGAAUAUUUUUGAUAUUUUUCUGUGCAGGCUUCCUUCUUUUCACACUGUAAUUUAGGUUAGUAUUGUGGCGUUACUACAAUGUUGUUGGUCCAUCCUCAGUUUUCUCCUAUCACAGCCUGUAACUGUUUUAAAGUCACCAUUGGCUGGGCCUCCAGAGUGGCGCAGCGGUCUAAGGCACUGCAUCGCAGUGCUAGAGGCGUCACUACAGACCCGGGUUCGAUCCCAGGCUGUAUCACAAACGGCCGUGAUCGGGAGUCCCAUAGGCCCAGCCCAGCACAAUUGGCCCAGCGUCGUCCGGGUUAGGGGAGGGUUUGGCCGUGGUGGCUUUAGUUGGCUAAAUGCGCUCUAGCGACUCCUUGUGGCGGGCUGGGCGCCUGCAGGCUGACCUCAGUCGUCAGGUGGACAGUGUGUCCUCCGUCACAUUGGUGCGGCUGGCUUCUGGGUUAAGCGGGCGGGUGUUAAGAAGCGCGGUGUGGCGGGUCAUGUUUCAGAGGACAUGCCUGUUGGGGAGUUGCAGCGAUGAGACAAGAUCGAAAUUGGGGAGAAAAAGGGGGUAAAAUAAAAAUGUGCCAAACAAAAUCACCAUUGGCCUCAUGGUGAAAUCCCUGAGCAGUUUCCUUCCUCUCCGGCAACUGAGUUAGGAAGGACGCCUGUAUCUUUGUAGUGACUGGGUGUAUUAAUACACCAUUCAAAGUGUAAUUAAUAACUUCACCAUGCUCAAAGGGAUAUUCAAUGUCUGCUUUUUUUUUUUUACCCAUCUACCAAUAGGUGCCCUUCUUUGCAAGGCAUUGGAAAACCUCCCUGGUCUUGGUGGUUGAAUCUGUGUUUGAAAUUCACUGAUCGACAUAGGGACCUUACAGAUAAUUGUAUGUGUGGGGUACAGAGAUGAGGUAGUCAUUCAAAAAUCAUGUUAAACACUAUUAUUGCAUACAGCGUGAGUCCAUGCAAUUCAUUAUGUGACUUGUUAAGCAAAUUUUUACUCCUGAACUUAUUCAGGCGUGCUAUAAGAGGUUAAAUACUUAUUGACUAAAGACAUUUCAGCCUUUAAUUUCUAAAAACAUAAUUCCACUUUGACGUUAUGGUGUAUUGUGUGUGUAGGCCAGUGACACAAAAUCUCUAUUUAAUCCAUUUUAAAUUCAGGCUGUAACACAACAAAAUGUGGAAAAGUCAAGGGAGGUAAAUACUUUCUGAAGGCACUGUAUACGUGUGACAUAUUUGUCUUGGAUUGUUUUGAAGGUGUUCGAUAUCUUACCAAACACUUCCGUUUCUCUCUCUCUUGCAGAUUCUCUCCCAAACCAAUCAGAACCAUUCAUCGCAGCAUGCCCCUUCCUCUUCUUCCUCCUCCCAGGUUCUUCCUCCCCCCGGCCCCACCCCUGCCCAGUUCAUCCUGCACAGCUCUCUCCCAUUGGUGGGCUGCACCAAAUCCCUGCCCAGCCACCUGCACCCUGGCAUGUCUAUGGGUGGCGGAUGUGCCCAGACCCCGCCCCCUCCCAUGCCCUCUGGGUUCUUGGGAGGGUCCGGGGGAUCUAGUGAUAUAGGCUGGGACAACGAGAGCAAGGACCCUGACAAGGUAGCACCAUUGAAAACCAUGUAUUUCUACUGCUCCCAUAUCUUCCAAUUACUGGUGUUUGUGGAAAGGAAUAAGGUCAUCAGACUAUCAGUACAGUACUGCAUAGUGUCUUCACGAUACCAGAAUGUUUACUUCAUUACCGAUACCAGGUUUAGGAUCACGAUGCUCGAUACUAAAACGAAACCACGGCAAAAAAAAAGCAUAUUAGCCAAAGUCACAGAAUAGCACUUGAUCCAGACAGAUGACUCAGCAACAGCUCUGUUCAAUCGUUGGUCAUCUUUUGAGUUCAAUAUCAUUACAUUAGCAUUUUUUUUACAUAAACAUUUUUCAGAGACAGCCACGUUUGCAUUAAUGAAUCAAUUAUGCAAUCUUGCAAUCAGUUUGACUUUGUUUUUACCAAUCUAACUACAUAAUGGUAAUCAUUUAUUUGAAUGGUAAAUCUCUAUUGGGUAAAUCAAGCUGUAGCCUAUCCACAAUACAGGUGAAUGCAUAUUCAAUAUGUGUGUGCAUGCAUUGAGUUAUUGAGCUUGUUUUGGGUGAUUCCAUGGGGCUACAGAUGACAAACCAUUUCCCUUCCAUUUGGGACAAAGGUUAUUGUAUUCAUUAACAACAUUUGCAUAGACUUAGCUUUUUUCAUAAAAAUGUGCAUUGUCUCUUUAACCAGUAAUGAUGUCAUUCAUGAGGCAGUCAGUUCACUGAGGCAAUAGAUCAUAUUUUGGAGAGAUGUGACAGAUCGACUGAAUAAGUGAAUCCAUGAAGUUUUUAGUGGCAAUCAGCUUUGUAAUCAACAUAUUAUGCGUUAUGGUUUGCAUAUUAUCGCAAACAAAGUCUAGGGUAGUGAAUUGAUGUUAGCGUUAGCUGUCACCUAGCAAGGAAAGUUAGCCUACAAAGCUGGACACUAUCGGUAUAUUCUUCCAUUGUAAAGAGUUCUAGCCUGUGUCGACAUUGUUUUGCGAACAGGAAUUAACAGUUUCAAGUCUAUUAAUUUCUGUGCAGCAUGAGGGGGAAGCUAACAUGAUACAGCCCAGACGCUAGCAUUAAGCAAGUGGAGCAGGCGCUAUAAUAAGCCUGCGCUGAUAAGACAGGCUUGAUCCGUUUGACAGAAGUACCGAAAGUAACACAAAUUCUACUGCAAAACAAGUUUUUCAUGUUCUGGUAUCGAAAGAGUACUGACAUUUCGGUAUACCGUGCAACACUAGUACUGCACCUCUCAUUUUUUUUCUUCUCUCUCUCAGUACCUGAAGAAGCUCCACACUCAGGAGCGUGCGGUGGAGGAGGUGAAGCUGGCCAUUAAGCCCUACUACCAGCGUAAAGACAUUAACAAGGACGACUACAAGGACAUCCUGAGGAAGGCCGUGCACAAGGUAACCCAGCCCUCUAAACCUGCUUUAGCUGCAUUACAUUGUUAUUACAUGGCUUAGUACAGUGUUAUUACAUGGUUUAGUACAGUGUUAUUACAUGGUUUAGUACAGUGUUAUUACAUGGCUUAGUACAGUGUUAUUACAUGGCUUAGUACAGUGUUAUUGCAUGGCUUAGUACAGUGUUAUUACAUGGCUUAGUACAGUGUUAUUACAUGGCUUAGUACAGUGUUAUUACAUGGCUUAGUACAGUGUUAUUACAUGGCUUAGUACAGUGUUAUUACAUGGCUUAGUACAGUGUUAUUACAUGGCUUAGUACAGUGUUAUUACAUGGCUUAGUACAGUGUUAUUACAUGGCUUAGUACAGUGUUAUUACAUGGCUUAGUACAGUGUUAUUACAUGGCUUAGUACAGUGUUAUUACAUGGUUUAGUACAGUGUUAUUACAUGGCUUAGUACAGUGUUAUUACAUGGUUUAGUACAGUGUUAUUACAUGGUUUAGUACAGUGUUAUUACAUGGUUUAGUACAGUGUUAUUACAUGGCUUAGUACAGUGUUAUUACAUGGCUUAGUACAGUGUUAUACAUGGCUUGUACAGUGUUAUUACAUGGCUUAGUACAGGUGUUAUUACAUGGCUUAGUACAGUGUUAUUACAUGGCUUAGUACAGUUUAUUACAUGUGUUUAGUACAGUGUUAUUACAUGGCUUAGUACAGUGUUAUUACAUGGUUUAGUACAGUGUUAUUACAUGGUUUAGUACAGUGUUAUUACAUGGUUUAGUACAGUGUUAUUACAUGGCUUGGUACAGUGUUAACUUUAUUAUUCGAUGGUGUAAAACACCUUAUUCUAUGAAUGACUUGAUGAACAGUUGGAUCAGUAGUUGAAUCAGGUGUGUUAAUGCUGGGCUGGAACAAAAAAAGUCUGCUCAGCAAUGGUCAGGCUUUUGGGUUUAGGCUGUAGUGUCUCUCAGUAACAGAGUGUAGGUGCAUUUUGUUCCGUAGGAAUAACAAUUGCUGUUCAACCUGUUUGUGACUUGCACAUUUUAAAAGAUUGGCAUAAUUACUAGACUGAGUAGUGUGGUGUCGAUACAAUUAUUUUGACUUGUUUGUGAAUGUUUAUAGAAUUUCCACAAACAGGUAUUGGCAGUUGUUAUAUAUUGGCCUGAAAUAAAAAAAUGUAUAAAAAAAACAAUGCACAAAAAGCUUAUUUCUCUUAAAUUUUGUGCACAAAUUUGUUUACAUCCCUGUUAGUGAGUAUUUCUCCUUUGCCAAGAUAAUCCAUCCACCUGACAGGUGUGGCAUAUCAAGAAGCUGAUUAAACAGCAUGAUCAUUACACAGUUGCACCUUGUGCUGGGACAAUAAAAGGUCACUCUAAAAUGUGCAGUUUUGUCACACAACACAAUGCCACAGAUGUCUCAAGUUUUGAUGGAGCGUGCAAUUGGCAUGCUGACUGCAGGAAUGUCCACCAGAGCUGUUGCCAGAUAAUUUAAUGUUCAUAAGCCACGUCCCAAUGCCGUUAGAGAAUUUGGCAGUAUGUCCAACUGGCCUCACAACCGUAGACCAUGUGUAACCACGCCAACCAAGGACCUCCACAUCCGGCUUCUUCACCUGCGGGAUCGUCUGAGACCAGCCACCCGGACAGCUGAUGAAACUGUGGGUUUGCACAACCGAAGAAUUUCUGCACAAACUGUCAGAAGCCGUCUCUGAGAAGCUCAUCUGUGUGCUCGUCGUCCUCACCAGGAUCUUGACCUGACUGCAGUUCGGCGUCGUAACCGACUUCAGUGGGCAAAUGCUCACCUUCGACGGCCACUGGCACGCUGGAGAAGUGUGCUCUUUACGGAUGAAUCCCGGUUUUAAUUGUACUGGGCAGACGUGUGGGCGAGCGGUUUGCUGAUGUCAACGUUGUGAACAGAGUGCCCCAUGGUGGCAUUAUGGUAUGGGCAGGCAUAAGCUACGGACAACUAACAGAUACCGUGAUGAGAUCCUGAGGCCCAUUGUCGUGCCAUUCAUAAUCCGCCAUCACCUCAUGUUUCAGCAUGAUAAUGCAAGGCCAUGUCGCAAGGAUCUGUACACAAUUCCUGGAAGCUGAAAAUGUCCCAGUUCUUUCUCGGCCUUCAUACUCACCAGACAUGUCACCCAUUGAGCAUGUUUGGGAUGCACUGGAUCGACGUUUACGACAGCGUGUUCCAGUUCCCGCCAAUAUCCAGCAACUUCUCACAGCCAUUGAAGAGUGUGACAUCAUUCCACAGUCCACAAUCAACAGCCUGAUCAACUCUAUGCGACGGAGAUGUGUCGCACUGCAUGAGGCAAAUGGUGGUCACACCAGAUACUGACUGGUUUUCUGAUCCACCCCCAUACAUUUUAAGGUAUCUGUGACCAACAGAUGCAUAUCUGUAUUCCCAGUCAUGUGAAAUCCAUAGAUUAGGGCCUAAUUAAUUGAUUUCCUUAUAUGAACUGUGACUCAGUAAAAUCUUAGUGAUUGUUGUAUGUUGUGUUUAUAUUUUUGUUCAGUGGCCAAGGGCUGUUCUUAUGCACGACGCGAAGCUGUAUAUUGGCCAUAUACCACAAACCUCAGAGGUGCCUUAUUGCUAUUAUAAACUGGAUUCCAACAUAAAAAGAACAGUAAACAAGAAUUUUUGCAUCAUACCCGUGGUAUAUUGUCUAAUAUACACACGGCUGAAAUGCUGUUUCAGCCAAUCAGCAUCCAGGACGCAAACUACCCUGGUUUAUAAUACAGAAUAUGUAACUAUGUUCCAACACAGUUACAAUUGGAAGUAAUUACAGUGUAACAGCCAUUUGAUAUAUAGUGUGUUUAUGACUAAUACCGACCUAUGUGUGGUUGUCUCUGCUUCUCAGAUCUGCCACAGUCGAACGGGAGAGAUCAACCCAGUCAAGGUGAGCAACCUGGUCAAGCUUUACGUUCAGAGGUACAAGUACUUCAGGAAGCACGGUCGAAAGAUGGACGAGGAAGAGAGGGAGGACAGAGAGAUGGAUUCCUCCUAUUGA